GCCUCCAAUGCGGUCCGGCUAAAACAAGAGAUGUGAAUCGCGGUGGAUAAUAUCCGUGGAAAUAUUAAUAUAAUAUUUUUAUUCACCGGCUUCCUUUUGUCACGAUAACUUUGCAUUUUUAUUUGUAUUUGAUGAAACCAAAAUGAAAAGGCUUUUAAAAUGGAAUUUCCUUGUUGGUUAGAAAAAAUGCUCACUUUACGAGGAUCAGGCUGAGCAUUUAUAUCAGUCUGUUUAAAGAAGCGAGCUGAUUCCAGUGUUUAAACGAAGAAUUACAGCGACAAACUUCAUCCAGACAGACAUGUGGGAGUGAUGAGGAUAAAACAACGACCCUCACCCUCCUAUCUGUGAACGUGUCCAGCUGUCUCUUCUGUGUCGGUAUGUCCAUCAUCCUCUCGGCAGCUUGUCUCCUCCAGAGUCAACUCAUGUUCAGUCAAUGCAGUCAACGCUAGCUAACACAAGAGCCAAACAAGCAGCUAAUGUUAGCUUUAUUGCAGAUUUUCGGCCAAACUAUAUGAGUAAAUGUUCUGCUUGUCGCUGGUUUACUGCAUAUGUCUCCUCUCCUAACGGGAGGAUUUAACGGAUUAAAUCAUGGGGCUUUAUUUUGCGUCUCUGCUUCUCCUUAUACCUCUUCAUCUUAAACCUAGCUGGUAAAUAUCACCUCAUGUCAAAAUUAUGUCAUAUUUAUCUUACUGUGAGCAUGUGUUAGUGCAACUUUAACUGAGUGUUGUAUUUAGAAGGGGAGAGUGGGGUAAGAUGAGCCUUUUUUCAUAUUUAGGAUCACUAUAUCAAGGCAAUCAUAGUUUUGUCUCUAACUAGUGAAUCUCCAUAUAUUUCAAGAUGUUGUGCAUCCCUGCAAACCAACAGAAUGAGUGUAAACAUGACUGUCUUGAUAAUAUAGCAUGCCAAAAAAAGCGGUCUCCUAUGGUCAACUUACCCCGUGUAUGGGGUAAGUUGACCAUAGGAGUGGGGUAAGUUGAGCCGUAUCCCUACUACCCCCCACUCUCCACUCCAGCCCUCCCUCACCUUCUCUCUCCCUAAAUAACAGUCACUUCUUCACAUUCAUGUGUAUUUUUAUCUAUUAUACACUAUUCAACUGGUACAAUAAUUAUUUUUAUUAUCAUUGCAUAUAACUGAUAAAAAGCUGUUUUGUAAAAAGCCAUUUUAACAUGAGAAUGUCUUGAAGUGAUUCAGAACAUUCACAGCUGUAUUUUUGAAAAGAAAAAGUAACACAUUUCAACAAUCUGAACUGAAACUCUGAUCCUCUCAUCAGACUUCUUUACUUUCUCAGUUAAGCCACUGACUCAACUUACCCCAGAACUACUAUUAUGACUUUAUUAGUGCUCUAAGCUAAAAUGGAGGACUUUUAUGUUAGGUUUUUAACCUCAUGUUGUAGCUCAUAGAUACCACAAUUAAUGUAUAAAACAAAUUUAAAAUGAUCUUUUUUGGUUUGAACACAAUUCUAAUAAAACUUAUGACAGACUAAAUUCACUUUCAAGAGUGAAAUUUUUUUUUUUUUUUUUUAAAUAAAUCUCUAACCCCUUCACUCAUGUGCUUCUAACCUUCACAGACUCCAUGAAUUGAUGUCCCUCUCCUAAAUAUUUGGUCACGUGAUCAAUUUCUUCUGCCAUUUCCAAGUAACAGGAAAUGUUGUUGCUGUUGUUUUAAUGUUGCAGCUGUCCCCUGUCUCUCUCUCUCUCACCCUCGUUCUCUACUCUCUCUUCCUCCCUCUCCCUUACCUAUUCUCUCUCCUUCCCUUUAUCUUGUUCUCUCUCUCUCCCCCUAUCUCUCUGUAUUCCUCCCCAACCCAGUAGCGGCCUGGUGGCUCUCUAGCAUGAGUCUGGUCCUGCUCAAGGUUUCUGCCUGUUAAAAGGAAGUUUUCCCUUGCUACUGUCACUCAUGUUAGAUGAGAUGGUCCAAAUCUGUCCCAUCUUAGGUUGGGUCUUGAUAAUUCAUCAAACAAUGAGCGUGGUCUAGACCUGCUCUUUAUCUUUGGAAAGCGUCUCGGGAUGGUGGCUGUUGUGAAUUGGCGCUACAUAAAUAAAAUUUGUUUGAUUGAUUGAAUGAACAGGGGGUGGCUCAACUUACCCCACUCUCCCCUAUACCAAACACAAUGAAUAGGACCCAUGUGAUGUUGUCUAUGACCGUUUGCCAUCUAUUGCUUUUCCUAGAUAUUUUUCAUCAAGAAGACAUGAAUUUUUUGCGUAAUCGUCUUGUUGUUCUGGGCCUGGUGUUGUUGGCCACAUUACUACUGUACCUGCUGCUGCCGUCCAUCCGCCAGGGCAGCAUGGAGCCAUCUCUUGAUGCUCAAAGAAUGGGGUUGAUGUCCACUGCACCUGCACCACUCUCCACCAUCAACGUAUCUAUCCGCACCGGACAGCUACCUGGAGACCCUCCACUGUUCUUCAGAGAGGCCUUACCUGUGGACGGAGCUGGACGGCAGAUAUUGCCGAGGUGAGCCGAUAUGCCUGAAUUUUAUUUGGAGAUAAAGUGUUUUUGGUUUUUGUGAUUCUGAAAUCCCAAUCAGUUAUCCCAGGAGGAGAAACUCUGAAAAUUGUCAGUUGCUUGUUUUCCUUUCCUUAACCCCACCUCUUACAGUGUAAUGGUACAGAGCUUUCAUAAUCCUUGGUGGUUUGCCUGCUUGGUCUUCAGUUACUACAUACAGGACAGCCAGAGUAAUUUUGCUAGAGUGCACAGGUUGCUAUUACAAUAAUAGACAACAGAUGGCAGUAACAAAAAAAGAAAACAUACAGCUUAUAACAUAGAAGGGUCUCAGCUGUGUUAAACUCACUCCACGCCCUCUCUCCUCCCUCUCUAUGACUUACGCCACUGGGAGGAGCAGAGUUAGGGAGGGGGGAUACUUACACCGGGCUGCGCCGCUCACCAAAAUACCAAAAUGUGCUUGGGCACGCCUUGUCAGCCGGCGGAACUGACUUAUGCUGUCCGUUCCUCUGCCAUGCUGCUGUCGAGGCACGAAAAUAGAGCCCCUUAUUUCAUUUACUUGGCAAAUGUUGUUCAUCAUUCAAUUUUGGCUUUUGGUGAAUAACACAUUUUUCUGUGUUGUGACAACCUCAGAGCACAUAAAUUUUUCCACUUUACACGGACUUACGUUUUGACAACUCUAGAGGAAAAUUAGUUUUUAAAAAGACAUCUUUAAAAUCUUUUUGUGUGUGGUAGGCUGCAAGUCGUCCUUCUACAUGGCCAGGCCUUCACAUCCAAAACCUGGGAAGAACUCGGCACCAUGGCCCUUUUGGCAACUAAAGGAUAUCAGGCCAUAGCAAUGGAUCUGCCAGGUAGGCACAUGAAAAUGCUUUUUUCAUAUCUAAUUUUAUAUUUACGCAUUUAUUGUUUUGUUUUGUUUUUUCUCAAGAUGUCGGUUUUUCACCUUUCAUCACUAUCAACAGUAUUUCAAAUGUUUGUCUGUGUUCAGGGAUUUUUUCUUAUUGAUACUAUUUUUAAUGGUGUAUAUUUUUCAAGAUCCCCAGCACUAUUUCAGUUCAAUAAGAGUUUAUGUCUUUCUCUCAAGGUUAUGGAAAAUCACCAGAUUCAGAGGCGUUGAAGACAGACCAAAAUCGUGUAGACCUCCUUUCAAGGUUCAUGGAGUCCUUGGGUGUCAGGGCACCCGUGCUUUUAAGCCCCUCCAUGAGUGGACACUACUCCAUCCCCUUCCUCAUAAAGAACAACGCUCAGCUGCAUGGCUUCAUUCCCAUAGCACCAGUUGGUACCCGAAGUUACACUCCACAACAGUACCAAAGUAUUCAGGUAAGUAUCAUGGGGCUUGAAUGGGCUAUAGAUCCCUAUUUAGCUGCUGUCUAUCUUAUAUUUGGCCUGAUGUUUUGUGAUUCUCUAUGAACCCAAAGUACAGGGUUUAAUGUGUAGAUGGAUUCACAUUGACAAAAAAAACUCUGAAAAUGUCUCCGAGUUCAUGGAGUUGGCCACAUGUGUGAACAGAAUCAGCCAAAAUACACAUUGGCUUUACCCCAAAAAUACUCCUGCCAGGCCUCUGGUAAAAUCUGCACAUGGAGUCAGGGUGGGCAGAUCCAAGAACAAAGUAGGAAAAUUUCCCUGUCUAUCCAGCAGGUGGGGCUGGAGAGGUUUAUAUCUUGCCACCAGUGGAAAAACAACAUGUGAAAAAUGUGAAUUAUUGCACUGGUUCUCAGUUUCUUUGCCCUUUUCUGACUUUAAAUUGUAAACUAAAAUUUGAACUGAAUUACAGAUUCCCCAAAAGAAAAAUAAAUAACUGAAACUAAAGUUAGAAGUUGUUGUAUUUGAAAAUUAGUCAAUGCAGUGUUUUGUGGAUUUAUUAUGGUAUCUGUGCAGUAUGUACUUUUCCACAUUCCCAUCACCACUGUCAGUAUUUAUGUUUUGUGUUAUACAAGGACCAUUAACCAUGAGACAUUAAACAGUAGAUUUGCCAUAUGUGUUUCAUCAAAAGAGCCCAUAAAAAACGGUUGUUACCAUGGUAACAACAACUAAUUAGGAUCCUACAUGACUGAAUGACUCGGUGAAUCUCUACUGAGCUGUUAGCUGGUAUUUUACUCUGUAAGAAUGACCACUUUGACACUGCCUCACUGUCUUCUCCCCCCUGUGAUCUUUUCAAGACCCCCACUCUGAUUGUCUUUGGAGCCCUGGACACAAACCUUGGUGCCCAGUCCCACAAGAAUCUCAUACAGCUUCCGAAUCACUUUGUGCUUAAGUUAGAAGGAGCCCGCCACGCCUGCUACAUGGACAAACCCAGAGAGUUUCACCAAGGAUUGAUCGACUUCCUCACCAAACUGAAGUGAAAUAUUCAGCUGAGGAAAAGGAAGUUAAACGAUGGGAAGAAGAUAAAAAAACAAAAAAUAUUAGAUUAACACAUUUACUAAGUGUUGAUUUAUUUACAGCACUAAGUUUCUGUGUUGUGCUUAUAACAUCACCUGAAGCAGAGAAUUUUAGCAUGGGGGCAGGUUUUACAACAUGGAAAAUGGCAUGUCAAACUUGUUGUGAUAAUAAUACAUCACCAUUCAUGAUGUUUCCGUUAUUAAAGUGAUUUGUUUUACAGCUUCCCAUACUUUCUCCUAGAAAUAUGACACUAGCUCAGCUCUGUUUGUUUUUAAAGUAGCUUAAAAAUUGUACAGUGGGGAGUUUAGUUUCUUGUGUUUCAUGUCUGUCUUUGCAUGUUAAAACAUGGUGUUUGCUUCACUGUUGCCAUUUAUGUAGUUGACAUGUAGGUCACUGUAAAUAUGCAAAUGUAGCAGGUGUCUAUGUGAGUAGCUCUCUUUGCUUCCCAUUUGAAAAACAGAUUUUUAUAUUAAGAUCUACACCAACCAGCCAUAACAUUAUUAACAAUCGGUUAAUCUAAUGCAACACAAUACAACAAUUUUUCCACAAAUUACUAGAUUUUCAGUUUUGUCGACAUGAUUAGGUGGUACAUGUGGGAUGUUGGUGGUGUACAGAAAGAUGUUAUAUUGUAAGGUGUUUCUUUUUCUCGUUCCUGUCAUGUCUGCUAAUGAAAUGGACAAAGUAUAACAAACACCUUUCAAUAUAACACAAUCUGGUGCACCAGCAACACCCCCUACAUCUUCAGUAAUAGACUUUAAGAACUGAAUAUUUAGAAGCUUCCUGGAAGUAGAAUUUCUGGAAAAUCUGUCACAGUGGGUUGUAUCCCAUUUUUCAGAUGUUCAUAAUGUUAUAGCUGAUCUGUGAAUUUACCAUUCUAGCUUUAGAUAAAAUUCAUGCUGUCCUUAACAAGAGCAAGCAGAACUGAAAAAUGUACCACACAAACCAUGUAAAAAGAUUCAAAAACUCACAUGUAUGUAUAUAAUGGAGAUUAAAAAAAAUGUAAUAUAUUUGCAAUAAGUUUGGACAAUCAUGCAAAGAACAAACUUAAAAUAAGAUAUAUGCAUAGCUAAAAAUAAAAAAGAAGUUGUUUAA